UUUCCACAAUAUGCACGACUUUAUGAAGAACAUCGUUUUCCAAUAGAUAUUCGUUCGGUAAAACGAGAUCACGAAUUUUUGGAUGACGAUUCACUACGAGCUCUAUUCCGCCGCUUGAAUGCACUCAAUCGAUGUGCUAUUAUGAAAAUUGAGAACGUGGUACUGAGGAAACAUCCAGAACGAUUUAAUAUUAAUCCACUGGAAACAAAUAUUGAUGAUGACAUAACAAUCAGCAAUUACGAUGAUGACGACGAUCAGGUAGCUAUUUCAAACAAGUGGAAAUAUCAGCGUAAUUCCCAAACCUGGUCUAGGAUCGUACGAGAUGAUGAUACUGCUGUUACAUUCAAUGGAAAUAGUGUUUGGCCGAACCACAAGGAAGUGGUUUCCAGCGCUGAACUUAACGAAGCGUUGCGGAUGUCAUUCGGUUACGGACAUAAUCCUAGAAGACAACCGGACGGCGCCCCAUGUUCCAACGAUGAUCUGUACAACAGUAGAAAUCAGGAUAUCAUUACUACCAAUCGAGCUGUUGCUAAAAAUGAUCGGAAUUGUCCCGCACUUGAUUCAUCAUCAUCAUCAACAAUGGCGACAGUAAAUUUGCAGCGAUCUCAAAGUGAAAGAUUGAAGGAACGCGCACGAGCGCUAAUGAAACGUAUGGAUAUACGAUCCUCCAGCAGACGUCGUCGACAGCGUGAUUCUUCGGUAGCUGAUUCAGCACUAUCCACAACAAGCGGAGUUCCGCAUUCAUCGCUACAAUCAGCCACGACAUCGUCAUUAUUAUCAAAAACUGCUUCAAGUGCGGGAGGUAGAGAUUUAGUAAUUGGUGAUCCAGUGCUUGUUUCGCACUUCUCGGCUAGUCCACGAACUAUGCGUAUGUUCCCGGAUGGUUUAUCCAGUAUUCUAUCAUCGCAGGCUGUCACACCACAAAUUUUAAAUCAAUUUCGUCGCUGUACUACUGCCAUGGAAGCGGACGAUCAAAUAUCUGAUGGAGUUAUUAUCACUGGUGCUAUCCAUGAGGAGCAGGAAAACUUCUAG